AUGAUGUCUACUACUAGUAGUGGUGAAUUAGAUGCCCUAAUAGAAAGGGCCACUAGUGAAAGUAUCCCACAUGGUGAGUUAGACCUACCCGUGGCGUUGGAAGUCUCUGAUAUAGUGAGAUCAAGAAGGCUAACACCUAAGGAGUGUAUGAGAUGUUUAAAAAGAAGAGUUGUUAAUACUAGUGAUAAUCCGAAUGUCCAACUGUCAUCAUGGAGACUCAUUGACAUAUGUAUUAAAAAUGGUGGGUUUCCCUUUAUCAAAGAGGUCUGUUCAAGAGAGUUUAUGGAUACGAUGGAACACGCAAUUUUGAAAAAUUCUGAUAACUAUGAUGUUGAGUCUCUAGUUGCGAAAAUUCUCUACGAAUUACACAUUGCAUUCAAGAACGAUUUACAAUUUAGCUAUGUGAAUCGUGUUUAUGAGAAAUUGGUGGCUCGGGGUGUGGAUUUCCCUAGAGAAGUUCAAGAUGGAUCAUCACCGCUUGCUAUGUUUGAUUCUCGUACCCCCGCAGAUUGGGUUGAUUCUGAUGUAUGCAUGAUCUGCUCCAAGAAAUUCUCAUUGUUUUUAAGAAGACAUCACUGUCGAUCGUGUGGAGGUGUCUUCUGCCAAGAUCAUUCAUCAAAUAGCAUCGUUUUGCCAGAUUUGGGGAUUUACGAACCCGUAAGGGUUUGUGAUGACUGUUUUGAAGAUUACGACAGCAAGAAACAUCUAUCUAACGGUAAGAAGAAACAUCAUCAUAGUGGUAGACAUAAGAAAUCCAAGUCACAAGCUUACGAUGAAGAUGAGCAGUUGAAAAAAGCCAUCGAAUUAUCAUUGAAAGAAUCGAAAGGUGGUAGUGAUGAAAUAAUUAAGGAGACUACACCACCAGCACCUGCUCCAACAACGGAAGAAGAAAAUGAUCCAGAGUUGAAAGCCGCUAUCGCUGCAAGCUUGGCUCUUGCAGAGGAGGAGAAACGUAGAAGGGAAACAGCACAACAACAACAGGAACAGUGGCAAAAUCAACAGCAACAACAGCUUCAACAAGAACAGCUCCAACAACGGCAGUUACCGUCAUUAGACGUUACUGCUACAGAAGAAGAAGAUAUUCAUUUGUUUGCCUCCCUAGUGGAAAGAAUGAAAGGCCAAUCAGCUACUGAAAUUUUAGAAGAUACGCAGUUACAGAGACUUUAUCAAAAGGUUAUUGGAUCAAGACCUAAGAUCAACCAUGCCCUAAACGACACUGUGCAAAAAUACAAUUCACUGAUAGAUAUGAAUACAAAAAUUUCUGACAUCAUGAACAUUUACGAUGAUUUACUUGAAAGACAACUGCAAAGUAUUAACCUUUCAGAACGAUAUACUGUGCCUCAGGGACCUUCAGAUCCAUAUACUUAUUACCAGCAGACCCGCACCGCACCAGCCGCACAACGCACGGCGCAACCACCACAACCUAUCGAGACACAUGCGGCUGUAGCACCACCCCAGCGCCAUUUGGACCAAAUCCGUGAUCUACAGAUGCCUGUCACUGAGACGCCAACUGGACGUGCAGAUCUAGCCAGUGUUCCUUCAGAACCUCCAUACCCAACUACGGAGGAGGAAAUGGAAAGUUCAGUAUCGACACCGGAAUUGUUAACCCAUCAACGUAGUAAAUCAGGUCAAGAGACUGCAACCGCACCAUAUCCAGUAGAAGAGGAGUCCACAGUAAAAAGCCAAAGUGAAAUAACAAAUUUCAAUUUCCCUACAGUACCAUCACGCAAAGUGAUUCAACAAGAACCAGAGCAUGUGUCGGAACCAGCAGCCGAGGAAACUGCUGCUCCUCCUAAGGAGGAAGAGCUGCUCAUAGAGCUAUAA